CCAUCUCCUCAGGUCUUCACCCUGAAACGAUUUUCCCACUCGAGAACCCAAGUUUUGGGACAGGACCAGCCAGGAAAGUGAAAUCGGUGUCCAGUCUAUCCAAAUGGCUCUGGUAACUGUCGCGGCGGCUACGCUCCCGAGCGUACCCCUUGACUUCCUCGGCAACCGCGACCGAAUUUUAGAGUCUAUUCGAAUCGCCAAGGGGAAGGGGGCUACUCUGAGGACUGGGCCUGAGCUGGAAAUCCCGGGCUACGCAUGUCUUGACCACCACCUCGAAGGGGAUACCUUCUUGCAUUCUAUUGAAGUCCUAGCCGAUAUUAUCUCGAACGAUGUUUGCCGAGGCAUGCUCAUCGACGUUGGACUUGGAAUAAGGCAUCGUAACGUUCGGUACAAUACGCGCGUUUUUUGCACGUACCGAAAAAUAUACUGCAUCAGGCCCAAGAUGGCACUGGCGAACGACGGCCUCUAUCGUGAGGCCAGGCACUUUACCGCCUGGUCAAAGCCACGACAGGUCGAAACCUACUAUCUCGAGAGCGUCUUGCAGCGAGUUACCGGCCAAAAGACAGUCUUGAUCGGUGAUAUGAUUCUUUCAACACCGGAUACCGCUGUUUCAUGCGAGUCUUGCGAGGAAUUGUUCGUCCCCCUGAAUCCGUCCAUCUUCAGCGGACUCAACGGUGCCGAAAUCAUACUCAACUCCAGCGCAUCCCAUGCGGAGCUUCGAAAAUUAAGAACGCGACUCGAACUUAUUUCCAACUCCACAAGGAAGCUCGGGGGUAUAUAUGUCUACGCCAAUGCCACAGGUAUUGACGGCGAGGCCCGUAUGCUUCAUGAUGGGAGUAGUAUGGUCAUUCAAAACGGCGAGGUUCUGGCACAAGGCAGCCAGUUCUCCCUCGCGCCCGUCGAGGUUACCACUGCUACGGUCGACAUUGAGAAAGUCCGAACCUACCGCAGUAGCAUAAGUCGAAACGUCCAAGCUGCUCAGCAGCCGGACUUUCCUCGUGUCGAAUGCGACCUCGUCCUAUCUCGUCCGAUCGAAGAGAUCUGGCUAUCCAACCAACCAGAGAUUUCUCCACCGAUCGAGCUCCGAAUCUUGGAUCCUAUGGAGGAGAUCUACGCAGCUACGGCCGUCUACCUAUGGCAGUACUUGACGAGAACAAACUUGGCCGGGUUUUUCUUGGCACUGUCAGGUGGCCUUGACAGCUCAACCGUGGCGCUCUUCGUCUAUGGAAUGGCUCGGCUUGUGUUGCUGUCUAUCGGCCGCGGCGAGGAGACUACGCUUCAAGCCCUAAGACGGGUGACGGGUGAUGAGAACUUCACACCUACUACGCCCCAGGAUAUCGUAUCUCGACUCCUUCACACGUGUUACAUGGGAACAGUCAAUUCCUCGGAGGAGACCCAGGGAAGGGCCAAGAGGCUGGCAGGAAUGAUCGGCGCUUAUCAUUCCAACAUCACCAUCGACGAAACCGUCGCUGCCCACGAGACUAUGGUUGAAAAGGCGCUCAACUUCAAACCAAAAUACGAGGUUGAAGGGGGUUCUUCAGCCGAGAACCUAGCCAAGCAAAACAUUCAAGCUCGCAACCGGAUGGUCAUUUCUUACUCGCUUGCUCAGUUAUCGACCACAGCUAGGAAUCUCCCCAGAGCAGGAUCAGCGUUGCUUGUGUUGGGAUCAGGCAAUGUCGAUGAGAAUCUCCGUGGCUAUUUUACCAAAUAUGACGCCAGCUCGGCAGAUAUAGCACCACUUGGCAGCAUAUCAAAGAAGGACGCCAAGGCUUUCCAGCUGUGGGCUCGAGAGAAAUGGGAUCUCCCGAUCCUUAGCGAGUUUAUGGAAGCGACGCCGACGGCCGAGCUCCUACCGCUCUCUGCUGGCGUUCAGGACGACGAGACCGAAAUGGGCUUGACCUACGCGGAACUGUCCGUCUUUGGGAUCAUGAGGAAGGUUGAUAAACUCGGACCGUGGUCGACUUACCUCCGCUUGUUAAGCGAGUGGAGGGAUCGCCCUGGCUACGGCCCGCGGCAGAUUGCCGAGAAGGUUUUCAAGUUCUAUGGGUCUUACGCGGUCAAUCGCCACAAAGCCGUUAUCGUUACCCCGAGUGUGCACUUAUCCCCCUACGACCCAGACGACAAUAGGUUUGAUCUGCGGCCGUUCUUGUAUGUGGUCCAGUGGCCAUGGCAGUUUGGGAAGAUCAGGUCACACGUCGAGCAGCUGGAGAAGAGGUUGGCAGAGAAGUGAGACCAGAGGUUGCGGUGGAUGUUGCGUAGGGACAACUUGAUGAUGAAGGUAAUCCUUUGCAGGCCAGGCUCACCUUAAAUCAACGGCAGGUCAUGAUCACGCACCACAACAUCGGUAAUUGCUGAGCCUACCCCUGAGCAAUGCCCAGAGCUAUUGUAUCUAAUUACCACAUAACACGAUAAUUACAUGUUAGGUUGAAAGGGGUCGGCGAUGUGAACCAGUGACC